AAGGUCUCAGCGCUGCAACGAAAGGUUUCUGGGCUAGCGGAGGAUAUGGUUGCACUGAAAAUUCCUGGAGUCGGUGUGUUCAGUACCGUGACUCUGAAAAUCAUGAAACGCUGGCACCGCGCAAUGAAAGUCGUAAAAAACAUAGAGAAAACGCUGGAAUGGAUUCCUACCAUCGACUUUACGCUUCAUCUUCCACCGCAUUUUGCAAUUGUUCAAAACGUGGAACUGGAGGCAAACCUGAAA